CGUCAUUUCCUCGCCGAGUCUCAUUUGACAGCGGUCCGCCGCACCCACUGGGAGCUGGAAGCUGAUGUGAGCCCGUAGCAUCCCCGUGUCGUUACCAACCGACCCAGCAUCAGUGAACAAAAAAGAAGCGUAGCCACAGAGCCUUAUGCUGACCAACUGAGCAGACAUGGGAUGCAGGUGGGGAGGGAUUUCUCAUCCAUCGCUGAGUUAGCUGACUGGGGCUUCUUUAAUUCAACACAACAUCCAACACUAUGGCUAAGCAGUACGAUGUGCUCUUCCGACUCCUGCUUCUCGGAGAUUCCGGGGUUGGGAAAACAUGUUUGCUAUGCAGAUUCACGGACAACGAAUUUCACCCGUCUCACAUCUCCACCAUCGGAGUCGACUUCAAAAUGAAGACACUGCUCAUAGAUGGUAUCAAAGUACGCAUACAGAUAUGGGAUACUGCAGGCCAAGAAAGAUACCAGACCAUCACUAAGCAGUACUACAGACGAGCACAGGGAAUCUUCCUGGUGUAUGAUAUCACGAGUGAGCGAUCCUUCCAGCACAUCAUGAAGUGGGCCAGUGACGUGGACGAGUAUGCUCCCGACAAGGUCCAGAAGAUCCUCGUAGGGAACAAGUCAGACGAGGUGGACAAGAGACAGGUGGCCACAGAGCAAGGGAUCAAGCUGGCCAAGGCUUAUGGAAUGGACUUCUUUGAGACAAGUGCCUUCACCAACCAUAAUAUAACAGAGACUUUCACUCGACUGGCUGAGCAGGUGCUUGCAGCCAAUAAAAAGGACCUGGAUCUUCUCCGGAUGUCCAUUAAUGACGACAUUAAUCUUGCUGCUCUGGAGGAAGAGGAAGGACUCUGUGACAGUGUGGCAGGCGACCAAGGCAAAAGCUGCUGGUGUUAAUGAAUAAUUUAAGCUAAAUAUCACCAGACACUUUGCGCACUCUGGGCAAAAUGUCUCUCCUUCUGUUUUUAGUUGAAAUAAAGAGGGACUUCAAGCUGCAAUUUUGAAACCAGCUAUGUCCUUCUGUCUCACAGAGCAUUGCCAAAAAUUCUAAUGGGGCAUUUGAGAGCCGUUUCAGUGACAAAGGCAGAAAGAUUUUGCCACAAAUUGCCAAGUGUGUAGUGAAAUUUGUCGUGAAUUGACCAACUGAAGGUCCAAAUGUCAAGGUUUACCUCAGUGGGCCUGAAUGUUCAUAAUCUCGAGCACCAAUUUGUGCUCAGUUUAAUGUCUGUGAUGUAACCAAACACAAUCUUUGUCCACUACAAUUUCCACCAAUUGGCAUUCAGUUGAAAAAGCUAAAUAUGAAACUUUCAGGAGAGCCAACAAUGACGGUUUUAUCAACUUUUCUUACGUGAUUUGUACAGUGUCCUGAUCUAGAGCAAAGGUGUAGGGACUGUCUACCACUGACUUGAAAUUUUUCAUAAUGACGUGUUUUCCAAGCGCUGUCUCUCAUAUUUCUCAUAGGGCUGGUGGCCUCUCAAACCAACAGCGUGAGCGCUUACAUUUGGCCUUCAUCCAGUUGUUUCCUUUAUGUGGGUCUUCACACUGCUGCACCCAUAGCCUUUCUGUCAUUGAAUGCAUUAGAUGUAGUGUAAGAAUUUUACCACUAGGGGGUGCUACAUGCAUUACAAAAACAGCACAUGUAUUGGUUAGGCAUUCAGAGUGAAGCUGUGAUAGUUCACAGUUUUUGUUUUGUUUUGUUUUCUUACGUGAUAGCUUUUGGUUGUAAUUGCACUUGCAGUGGCUACCUUUAAUCUGAUGAAAGGAUUCCAAAUAUAUGCAGUCAUUUUACUUUUUUAUUUCACUGUUUUCAUGCAAAUGUCGGCUAUACAGGAAGUUUUGCGGCUUGUAAUGUCAACCAUGUAAGACCGCGUAUAAUAUUUGAUCAUUUGCAGUCAAGUAAAACAGUGUAAGUUAGUUGAUGAAAACACUGAGAACGAAAUUAUUCAAUUUGCCUGUAGCAAAACUGUAGAUAUUUGUUUUCAUUUUAUUAUCUUUGUAGAAGAGAUGAUUUGAUAACUUCCCAUUGCAUUGUACAUACCAGGUUUUUCAAAGCAUCGUAGGUUGGUAGAAUCAUGAGGAUAAGCCAUUCAUUUAUUGUAUUGCCAUUAGAGGCCUGUGUUAAAAAAGUCCACAGUGAUAUUCGACAUGGUCUGAAAUAAUCCGUCUGAGAAUAUAAUAAUGUCUUGCUCAUUCUGUCCUUUUCCUCACUGUUUUGUACAGAGUUCAGUGGAGAUGCCGUUUCUUUUUUUUCCGCACCCCAGACAAACCAAGGAACAAGCAAGAGUUUUGCAUGCGAUCCGCUCUUCUUUCCUUCCUUUUAUUGCAACUUCAGUGAAGUUAAUAAUCAUCUGACAGUAAUACAAGCAAAGCAUUUGACCAGAGUUGCCUGUUGGAGACCUAAGCAGAAUGACCAUCAUUGGAUGAACUUUGGCUACAUUUUUUGCAACUUAAAAUAAAUCCUACUCAAAACAAUUGUGGAUAUGUGCACCACGUGAAAUGGCAGUAUGUUGUAUUGAAUGAUGUCCUGGACUAAGCUCCAGAUACACAAUGUAUUAGUGUUGUUUUCAAGAGCCAUUUUUUGUUCUCUUUCUUUUAGACUUCUUCAACUUGUAUUUGUGGAAAUAUAUUACAUGCAACAUGUAAAAAUGCAACAUGUUAUUCUCGGAGAAAAGGUGUCAGAUGUUUAUGAGUAAAUACUUGCAGAUAUAU